CUUGCACCACUCUUUCAUUCAAUAUUUUGCACAAUUUUGGGCUAAAAUAUAACUAUUGGCCCUAAAAUAUGCUAUUAGGAAUAGUUCAGUUACAAUAAUCUCAUUGUUUUAAUCUAGAAUGGGUGGCAAAACCAAGCAGACUCAGCGGACGAAGAAUAAUGUUCGGCCAUCAAGUAGUGGCCGCAGCGCAGAGCUCCUAAACAAUGCAGUCCGCAUGGACCCCGGUCUCAUGAGCAGCAGCUCCGGCAAGGUGCUCCCGGUGCUGUUCCCCACACUGGCUGCUCCACUGGACCCCGCACUCAACCCGGACUUUACCCUGUGUCUGAAGAAACUGAAUAAGAAGGAUCCUAUUACUAAGACCAAGGCUCUACAGGAGCUGUGCGACCUGGUCAGGAAAGCUGACGUUGAAGACGUGGUAGCAGCCCUGGGAAGCUGGGCGCACUACUACAAGCAACUCACGACGGACACGGAUCAUAAAGUGCGAGAGUCCGCUCAGGUGGCCCAUGGCGUGAUUGCUGGCGCUUGUGGGCGGCGCCUGGCGCCACAGCUGAAGGCGCUGCUGCCGCCGUGGCUGCAGGCGCAGUACGACGAGUACGCCCCGGCCGCCGCGGCCGCCCGGGCGUCUCUCACAUCAACCUUCCCAGAAAACAAGCUGCCAGAUGUGAUAUCCUUCUGCAUGUCUGAAGUGAUCGCCCAUCUCCUGGAGAACCUCGUCGGUAACGCUGAAGCUGCCCUCAGCAAGAAGAUCCUUACACCCGAAGAGAAGGAACUGCAAUGGGCCAGACUGGUGACGGCCAGCCUGCAAGGCUUGGAGUUUUUCGUGCAGCAUCUGCCUUCGCAGCACGAUGAGUGGCUGUGGGGGGAACUGACGCCGCUCCUAGCUGCCAGCUCCUUCUGGAAGAUGGCCUCCAACAAGUCGCAACAAGUCAGAGCAUCUUGGUUCGGCGCCCUCGGCCGCAUAAUCGCCCGCUAUGGUGACACGUUCGGGGCCGCUCACGGCUCUAAAACAGCAAAACUAUUGUUAGGAGCGCCGUCUACCCUGGCCCAACAGUGGUGCUGCCUUCUAGUUUUACUACGACAUGUUAAGGGCGACACGUGGCUAGACAAAAAGGAUCUUCUGAUCAAGAGGAUAAUCGACGUCUUAGAAAACGGAGGCUGGGGCGACGCCAAACACCUGUCGAGCAUGCUGCUGCCGCUGUUGGCGUUCUUGCCUCAACACAUGCUCACUAAACACUUAUAUGAGACCUUCUUCAAUGCUGUAUUUAAAGGACUAGAGAAGAAAAGUGUAAUAUCGUCAAAAAGCGAGCGACAGUCCUGGAUCGCGAGCCUCUCCGAGUGCCUUCGCUACCUCUCCCUGCAGCAAGCUGAUUUCAUGGUGGAGGUCGCUACAGCAGUACAUAGGACGUGGUUGGAGAAAAUCCUAGCAGGGCAUGAUGGACAGACUACAAACAAUUUGGUCCGGUACUCGGGUGGUAACAUGGCGUCGCUGGUCAAAUACUGGCUGAGGCAGUCGCUUGAGGCUAAAGAAGGCGCUGACAAAUACGACCAGCUGGCCAGGAACUUCUGGCAAAACAUCGCUUCAACUGUCGUCGCUCAGAUCGACAAGCUCUCCACCGACCACAACGAUAUAACCUCCCUGCUCGACGCACACAUAUUAUUACUACAAACACUCAAAACUGCUCAAGAUACUAAGAAACCAAAAAGCAUUAAAUUCAACGAUGAGAAGCAAGCAGAGAAUGAUGAUAUUGAAGAAAUUAACCAGCAAAGUAACGCAUCUGUGGAAGAACGAUACAAACAUAACUUAAACAAUGUCGUUGAGAAAAUUUGUGCUCAGUACUUCGAGUUUGCUAGCAGAAAGCAAGUAGCUAACACCGUCUUCAGUCCGCUACUUACUCUUCUUAUUGAGUUUGAUGAUAAGAAUCUCUUCUUAGCGUUGUCAAGACAUUUUGAUUCAGAUUCCAUCUACGGGCUAUACGAUAAAACUUUAAGAGGAUGGUUAGCCGGGGAUACGAUGCGAUCCAAAGCUGUAGCGGAUAUUGUUUUCCUUCUAAUGAAACAUUUGUCUGAACAAGAACAAGACGCUUUGCUGGAUUCUUUCAAACAGUUCCCCCCGUCCGUAGUGGAGUGGUGCAUCUCGCUGUCCCUCUCGCACCCGCACUGCCGCCUACCUGCCGUGAGGAGAUGGCUGCGAGGAACUUUGGUCGAAGAAAGUCUGGUGGCUGUUUGUAAGCGGAUGGUCAAUGAAGAUGAUAGCAAGAGUAGAAGCUUGUUGCUGAUGUGUUUGGCGACUGACGACGAUGGCGAAAUAAUGAUAUCCCAGUCAUCCGUGUCAAAGACCAUGGAGCUGGUGUGUGCGGCGCUGGGCCCCGCGGCGCCGGCGCUGGAGCGGCUGGCGGGCGCGGCGGCGGCGCUGGCGAGCGAGCUGAGCGGCCGCGACUGUACGCAGCUGGCGCUCGCGCUGUUCACUCUGCAGCUGACUGUACAGGUAACAUGGAGCCGUGUGGAGCACAACGGCGCUGGAGCGGCUGGCGGGCGCGGCGGCGGCGCUGGCGAGCGAGCUGAGCGGCCGCGACUGUACGCAGCUGGCGCUCGCGCUGUUCACUCUGCAGCUGACUGUACAGGUAACAUGGAGCCGUGUGGAGCACAACGGCGCUGGAGCGGCUGGCGGGCGCGGCGGCGGCGCUGGCGACGGCUGGCGGGCGCGGCGGCGGCGCUGGCGAGCGAGCUGAGCGGCCGCGACUGUACGCAGCUGGCGCUCGCGCUGUUCACUCUGCAGCUGACUGUACAGGUAACAUGGAGCCGUGUGGAGCACAACGGCGCUGGAGCGGCUGGCGGGCGCGGCGGCGGCGCUGGCGAGCGAGCUGAGCGGCCGCGACUCACAACGGCGCUGGAGCGGCUGGCGGGCGCGGCGGCGGCGCUGGCGAGCGAGCUGAGCGGCCGCGACUGUACGCAGCUGGCGCUCGCGCUGUUCACUCUGCAGCUGACUGUACAGGUAACAUGGAGCCGUGUGGAGCACAACGGCGCUGGAGCGGCUGGCGGGCGCGGCGGCGGCGCUGGCGAGCGAGCUGAGCGGCCGCGACUCACAACGGCGCUGGAGCGGCUGGCGGGCGCGGCGGCGGCGCUGGCGAGCGAGCUGAGCGGCCGCGACUGUACGCAGCUGGCGCUCGCGCUGUUCACUCUGCAGCUGACUGUACAGGUAACAUGGAGCCGUGUGGAGCACAACGGCGCUGGAGCGGCUGGCGGGCGCGGCGGCGGCGCUGGCGAGCGAGCUGAGCGGCCGCGACUCACAACGGCGCUGGAGCGGCUGGCGGGCGCGGCGGCGGCGCUGGCGAGCGAGCUGAGCGGCCGCGACUGUACGCAGCUGGCGCUCGCGCUGUUCACUCUGCAGCUGACUGUACAGGUAACAUGGAGCCGUGUGGAGCACAACGGCGCUGGAGCGGCUGGCGGGCGCGGCGGCGGCGCUGGCGAGCGAGCUGAGCGGCCGCGACUCACAACGGCGCUGGAGCGGCUGGCGGGCGCGGCGGCGGCGCUGGCGAGCGAGCUGAGCGGCCGCGACUGUACGCAGCUGGCGCUCGCGCUGUUCACUCUGCAGCUGACUGUACAGGUAACAUGGAGCCGUGUGGAGCACAACGGCGCUGGAGCGGCUGGCGGGCGCGGCGGCGGCGCUGGCGAGCGAGCUGAGCGGCCGCGACUCACAACGGCGCUGGAGCGGCUGGCGGGCGCGGCGGCGGCGCUGGCGAGCGAGCUGAGCGGCCGCGACUGUACGCAGCUGGCGCUCGCGCUGUUCACUCUGCAGCUGACUGUACAGGUAACAUGGAGCCGUGUGGAGCACAACGGCGCUGGAGCGGCUGGCGGGCGCGGCGGCGGCGCUGGCGAGCGAGCUGAGCGGCCGCGACUCACAACGGCGCUGGAGCGGCUGGCGGGCGCGGCGGCGGCGCUGGCGAGCGAGCUGAGCGGCCGCGACUGUACGCAGCUGGCGCUCGCGCUGUUCACUCUGCAGCUGACUGUACAGGUAACAUGGAGCCGUGUGGAGCACAACGGCGCUGGAGCGGCUGGCGGGCGCGGCGGCGGCGCUGGCGAGCGAGCUGAGCGGCCGCGACUCACAACGGCGCUGGAGCGGCUGGCGGGCGCGGCGGCGGCGCUGGCGAGCGAGCUGAGCGGCCGCGACUGUACGCAGCUGGCGCUCGCGCUGUUCACUCUGCAGCUGACUGUACAGGUAACAUGGAGCCGUGUGGAGCACAACGGCGCUGGAGCGGCUGGCGGGCGCGGCGGCGGCGCUGGCGAGCGAGCUGAGCGGCCGCGACUCACAACGGCGCUGGAGCGGCUGGCGGGCGCGGCGGCGGCGCUGGCGAGCGAGCUGAGCGGCCGCGACUGUACGCAGCUGGCGCUCGCGCUGUUCACUCUGCAGCUGACUGUACAGGUAACAUGGAGCCGUGUGGAGCACAACGGCGCUGGAGCGGCUGGCGGGCGCGGCGGCGGCGCUGGCGAGCGAGCUGAGCGGCCGCGACUCACAACGGCGCUGGAGCGGCUGGCGGGCGCGGCGGCGGCGCUGGCGAGCGAGCUGAGCGGCCGCGACUGUACGCAGCUGGCGCUCGCGCUGUUCACUCUGCAGCUGACUGUACAGGUAACAUGGAGCCGUGUGGAGCACAACGGCGCUGGAGCGGCUGGCGGGCGCGGCGGCGGCGCUGGCGAGCGAGCUGAGCGGCCGCGACUCACAACGGCGCUGGAGCGGCUGGCGGGCGCGGCGGCGGCGCUGGCGAGCGAGCUGAGCGGCCGCGACUGUACGCAGCUGGCGCUCGCGCUGUUCACUCUGCAGCUGACUGUACAGGUAACAUGGAGCCGUGUGGAGCACAACGGCGCUGGAGCGGCUGGCGGGCGCGGCGGCGGCGCUGGCGAGCGAGCUGAACGGCCGCGACUCACAACGGCGCUGGAGCGGCUGGCGGGCGCGGCGGCGGCGCUGGCGAGCGAGCUGAGCGGCCGCGACUGUACGCAGCUGGCGCUCGCGCUGUUCACUCUGCAGCUGACUGUACAGGUAACAUGGAGCCGUGUGGAGCACAACGGCGCUGGAGCGGCUGGCGGGCGCGGCGGCGGCGCUGGCGAGCGAGCUGAGCGGCCGCGACUCACAACGGCGCUGGAGCGGCUGGCGGGCGCGGCGGCGGCGCUGGCGAGCGAGCUGAGCGGCCGCGACUGUACGCAGCUGGCGCUCGCGCUGUUCACUCUGCAGCUGACUGUACAGGUAACAUGGAGCCGUGUGGAGCACAACGGCGCUGGAGCGGCUGGCGGGCGCGGCGGCGGCGCUGGCGAGCGAGCUGAGCGGCCGCGACUCACAACGGCGCUGGAGCGGCUGGCGGGCGCGGCGGCGGCGCUGGCGAGCGAGCUGAGCGGCCGCGACUGUACGCAGCUGGCGCUCGCGCUGUUCACUCUGCAGCUGACUGUACAGGUAACAUGGAGCCGUGUGGAGCACAACGGCGCUGGAGCGGCUGGCGGGCGCGGCGGCGGCGCUGGCGAGCGAGCUGAGCGGCCGCGACUCACAACGGCGCUGGAGCGGCUGGCGGGCGCGGCGGCGGCGCUGGCGAGCGAGCUGAGCGGCCGCGACUGUACGCAGCUGGCGCUCGCGCUGUUCACUCUGCAGCUGACUGUACAGGUAACAUGGAGCCGUGUGGAGCACAACGGCGCUGGAGCGGCUGGCGGGCGCGGCGGCGGCGCUGGCGAGCGAGCUGAGCGGCCGCGACUCACAACGGCGCUGGAGCGGCUGGCGGGCGCGGCGGCGGCGCUGGCGAGCGAGCUGAGCGGCCGCGACUGUACGCAGCUGGCGCUCGCGCUGUUCACUCUGCAGCUGACUGUACAGCGCGGAUCCGGGCUUCUAAACGUGGAGACUUGGUGCGAGGUCCGCAGCGCGUGGCAAGACGCGGGCGCCAGCGACCAACAGUUCAGGGCUCGAGCCACGCGGGCCGCGAGAACGGAACUCACGAACGACUCGGAAUCUUUAGACAUCCAAAGGGUAGAGCACAUAGCGUCACUGUGCCCGUAUCUACUGCCCCAGUUCGGCGACUCACAGAUGCCGGAUGAGACUGAUGAUGUGGCGGAACUCUUGAAACAGCUGUUCGACUUUGAGAAACAUGAGGAUUCUGUGGAGGUGUUUGCGCUGCGCCACGACUGUGUCCACUCCAACCUGAACUGUCCCCUCGACGACACGGCGGCCAUUAAGACCGUCAUCGGGCAGUCAGGAGAUUCUUCGCCGGAGCUCGAUCAACACGACACGGUUGCCUACAUGAACAAGGUCGUCUUCCGAGCGGCGCUGCUCCGCACACUGAUUCUACACAGGAACGAGGAAGAAGAGGCGUGGGGCGAGGAGCUGUUCAAAAACCAGUACUUCGUGGAAGAGUUCGCUCGCGUGCUGCAUGACUACGCGGUCGUCUGCUCGCUCUUCGCCGGGUACGCUUUUUGGCCCCACUUCGAGACCAUCAGCGUGGCCAAGCAGCACCUCGCCAACAUCGUGGACGCCGUCACCGCCGACGUGACGUCACCCUUCCCUCUCCUCCACCAUCUCACGCAGCGGGCCGCCACCGACGGAUACUAUUGGAGCAUCGCCAAAGUGAUACUAGAGGGGAAACUAACAGAGAAAGGGAGGGAACAUAGGGGGAGUGGGAUGGCGAGUCAUGGGGUGAACUUGGAAGAAAUCGUCACAGGAAAUGGAUAUUUCCAUACGCUUCAGGCGGAAUCGAAGUCGUCACCGGACUCGCUAGCGCCGCUGCGCGCCAAGUACCUCGUGAUGUUGCGCAGCUUUUACCUUGCGCACGCGCACGAGCCGCAAGUCAUCGACGCCACGUUCAUCAGCGAGGCGGCCGCAGGGGUCGCCACCGACCCGGCUGUCAUAGUCAACGCUUAUUAUAGGCACCAGCACACCAUGCUAUAUGAGAGUGACAUAUCGAAAGCGUCGUGGCGUCAAGUGGUCAGCAACACAGCCAUCGUGGAAUACCUGGUGGAGAUGGUCGAGACUGUCGGGUGGGACGCCGCGGCUGCCAGCUGGGACUUCACUACGAUAUCACUGUGCUCUCUAGCUGGGAGGAUCCGCGACGACUGCCCUAAGGCAACGAUGCUAGCGCGAUCAGUCCUGCGUCUCUUCCUGGCGGUGCAGCGCUUCGUCGGCUCCGUCCGCGCCGAGUGCCUCAAACGGGAGCCUUUACCCCACGUCGCUGAACUGCCUACCGAGUGGAAGGACAUCUUCUCGCCCGAUCUGCAGUGCAAUCUCUUCUCAGUCGUGGUCAAAGUGCUGGGUAACGCGUCCGCGUCCCUGACGGCGCCGCAAGCCGCCUUCAUCGACGCCUUGCUGCCCGUCGCACGGACGCUGGAUUGGCACGCUCUGCCGCAACAGUAUCAGAACGGUGGCCUCUCCGUUGCGAAACUUCUGGAAGCAGGAGUAAACGCCCUCACUGCGCCAGCGCACCCGGCGUACAAGUAUCUCGCGCACGGAUUAUUGAGUGCUUUGGCUAAGCCCCUCGUGCUUCAUGACGCGGAGAAACUAGCUGCAUGGAGCAACGAUGACUCCAACGACGAUUCGGAAUCGCCCCGUUCGCAGCUCGCGAUAUGCGGCCUGCAACCAGCGCUCACUAAGUUACAAGAACUUGUGGACGCAGCGCUGCAUACGCUCAAGGUUGGGGAAGAGACGUGCGAGAUGGUGCCGGGCACAGACAGCCACAGCGUGGCGUUAGGCUACCUGUUGCUAGGCGACGCGGCCUGCACCAUCUGUCAACUAUCGCGAGGCGAUCUCGUGCACCACUAUAUUGAGAUCUUCAGGGAGCCUCGGCACGCGGAGAUCUUAGUGACGUGCGCGUUACGCCUGCUCCCCGCGGCAGUAGCGGCGUACGCGCAAGAUAGCGGCAACAGCGCGGCGCCGGCGCAAUACGCUAGCAUGUUCCUCAACCCGCCGGAGUUCUCCGUCAAAGAGCCCCCGUCGGGCCUGGACGUGGGGCGGCUGUCGUGCCGCCUCGUGUGGCACGGCGCGCGCUGGGCGGGCGGCGCGCUGCGCGGCUGGUGGGGCGCCGCGCCGCCCAAACCCGCCCGAGCGCUGGAGCGCCUGCUCAGGGCCUACGUCUCGCCGCAGCUCAUCAAGGAACAACUGUCCGCCGUCACUGCCGGGGCGGAGGGCUUAGAAGAUGCUGAGGUGACCGUCCACCCUUCGACCAACGAAGUGGUGGUGACGUACCUCGUCGAGGACCGGCCGCUCGAGCUGUCCAUAUCGCUGGGCGCGGCGCACCCGCUCCCGCUGCCGCGCGUGACCGCGCUCCGUGCCCCGCAACACAGCACGCACUGGCUCGCCGUCUACCUGGCUUACCAGAACGGCACCGUCCUGAACGCUAUUCGUAUGUGGAUGGACACCGUGGCCAAGCGCGUGGAGGCCUCCCCGCAGUGCUACAUCUGCUACUGCCGCCUGCACCCCGCCACCGGCCGCCUGCCCAAGGUGGUCUGCCACCAGUGCCGCAACAAGUUCCACGUCGAGUGUCUGCGCAAAUGGUUCCAAACGUCGAGCAAGUCCAACUGCCCGCUGUGCCGCGCCAACUUCUAGGCCCCAUGUGCCCUUCACAAGACUUCACGAGGUCAACAGGCCUUCACGGGACUUCACGAGGUCUACAAGACUUCACGAAAUCUACAGGCCUU